AUGUACCCAACAACCCUAAUUUUAUCAUCAUCGCUCAUUCUAGUAAUUACAAUUUUAAUUUAUCCCCUAUUAACAACCCUUAAUCGAAAAACUCAAAGUUCAGAAUGGGCAGCCACUCACGUCAAAAUAGCUGUUAACAGCGCAUUCCUUAUUAGCUUAUUUCCACUAACCAUUUUUUUAGACCAAGGAGCUGAGAGUAUUGUAACCAACUGGCACUGAAUAAAUACAAACACAUUUGAUAUUAAUAUUAGCUUCAAAUUUGACCACUAUUCGAUUAUCUUUACCCCUAUUGCCCUAUACGUUACCUGGUCUAUUCUGGAAUUCGCUUUAUGAUAUAUGCACUCCGACCCCUACGUAAACCGGUUUUUUAAGUACCUGCUUUUCUUUCUAGUUGCCAUAAUUAUUCUAGUAACAGCCAACAAUAUGUUUCAACUUUUUAUUGGCUGAGAAGGGGUUGGCAUUAUAUCAUUUCUGCUAAUCGGGUGGUGGUACGGACGGGCAGAUGCCAACACAGCAGCCCUACAAGCCGUACUAUAUAACCGCGUAGGGGAUAUUGGACUGAUUUUAAGUAUAGCUUGACUUGCAAUAAACCUUAAUUCAUGGGAGAUUCAACAAAUCUUUCUUCUCUCAAAGGACUUCGACAUGACAAUCCCCCUAGUUGGCCUCAUCCUCGCGGCCACUGGAAAAUCGGCCCAAUUUGGCCUCCAUCCAUGGCUACCCUCCGCCAUGGAGGGCCCUACGCCAGUCUCUGCCCUACUUCACUCCAGCACUAUGGUGGUUGCUGGUAUCUUUCUCCUGAUUCGCCUCCAUCCUUUGAUAGAAAAUAACCCAUUAGCAUUAACCAUCUGCCUCUGCUUAGGCGCACUAACUACAUUAUUCACAGCCGCCUGUGCUUUAACCCAAAAUGACAUCAAAAAAAUCGUAGCCUUCUCCACAUCCAGUCAGCUAGGACUUAUGAUAGUUACAAUUGGUCUUAACCAACCCCAGCUAGCCUUUCUACACAUUUGCACCCACGCAUUCUUCAAAGCCAUACUAUUCUUAUGUUCAGGCUCUAUUAUUCACAGCCUAAAUGAUGAACAGGAUAUCCGAAAAAUAGGGGGCCUCCACAACCUAAUGCCCUUUACCUCCUCAUGCCUCACCAUUGGCAGUCUAGCCCUUACAGGAACCCCUUUCCUAGCAGGCUUCUUCUCGAAGGAUGCUAUCAUUGAAGCCCUCAACACCUCACACCUAAACGCCUGAGCCCUAAUCCUUACGCUAAUUGCUACAUCAUUCACCGCAGUCUACAGUUUCCGAGUAGUCUUUUUUGUCACUAUGGGAUCUCCUCGAUUCCUCCCCCUAUCCCCAAUUAAUGAGAAUAAUCCACUAGUGAUUAACCCUAUUAAACGACUUGCCUGAGGAAGCAUUGUUGCAGGAUCCAUCAUUACAUUAAAUUUUUUACCCACAAAGACCCAAGUUAUAACUAUACCUGUGGUACUAAAAUUGGCUGCCCUUACAGUGACAAUCAUUGGCCUGCUAGUAGCCAUUGAACUAAGCACCCUAACUAACAAGCAGUUUAAGGUCACACCUACAACUUCACUCCACCACUUCUCAAACAUACUAGGAUAUUUUCCUACAACAGUCCACCGUGUGGCGCCUAAACUUAACUUAGUUUUAGGACAAACAAUCGCCACCCAACUCGUAGACCAAGCAUGGUUUGAGACCAUCGGCCCCAAAAGCCUCGCAUCCACCCAAAUCAAGAUAGCCAAAAAUAUUAGUGACUCCCAACGAGGGAUAAUUAAAACAUAUUUAACAAUUUUCCUCUUGACCACAGCCCUUGCAGUCCUUUUCACCUUCAUCUAA